AUGUCUGAUCAAUACAAUGAUCAAAGCAAAUACAUUGAAUUGAGAAACAUACACAAAUAUUACAUUGAUAUAUAUAUUGCGUUGUAUCAGCUGAAAACGGAAAAAGAAGAAGAAUUAAAUGAGAUUUACAAAAUGAUUAAAACAAACUUGAUUGAUUCAAAGAAACGUCUUCCAGAAAACAUUAUAAAAGAUAUCAUGCGUAUCAUUCUGUAUAAUAACCGCUAUACAAAGUCAUACUUAGCUCUUGUGAAACACAUAUGUGAUGAUUAUCAUAUAACAGAAGUCCCCAAUAUUCCACAAAUUGAUGAAUAUCUUUUUUAUAAAGAAUAUGGAAUUAAAUUAGGAAAGUCUAAAGAUUUCAAUGAACUAAAUAUAGGAAAUCCAAACAUUCUUCAAGAAAAUACUAUUAACGCAAUUAUGAAUGAUGACAUAGAAAAACUCAUCAUAUUAGCUGGAAUGGAUAAAUUUAAUGGAGGUCAAAUACUUCAAAGUAAAUUUUAUCCAUAUAUUUAUGGUUUAUUUAGUCAACAAGGAUUUUCAUUACUUGAAUUAUGCUGUUAUUAUGGAGCAGUUAAUUGUUUCAAGUUUUUAAGAACGAAAUUUCAUUUACACAUAACAUACGCAUGUCUACAAUUUUCAUUUUUAGGAGGAAAUCAAGAGAUCAUGAGCGAAUGCUUGAAACGUCUAAAACCAUAUGAAGGAUGCAUGGAAUAUGCAAUUAUUUCACACAACAUUGAUUUUGUUACAUUCUUGAUGAAUGAACACAAAAUAAAGAUCGAUUUAGAAAAAUGUGGAGUUUACAAUAAUCUUGAUCCAUUUUUAGUUUAUUCUGAUCAAACUAAUAAUAUUGAUGAAUGUUUUAUUGCUUCAGCGCUGUUUGAUAUUCCAUCCCUUUGCGAAUAUUUCCUAUCGCAUGGUGCAAAUAUCAAUGCAACAAAUGAACUUGAUAAAACAGCUCUUCAUAUUGCUGCACGUUAUAAUAAUACAGAGACAAUCAAGGUGCUUCUCUCACAUGGUGCAAAUAUCAAUGAAAAAGGAGAAAAUGGAGAAACAGCUCUUCAUAUUGCAGCACGUUAUAAUCAUACAGAGACAAUCAAGGUUCUUCACGCAUAUGGUGCAAAUAUCAAUGAAAAAAAUUAUGAUGAAAGAACAGCUAUUUAUUAUGCAACAUAUUACUGUAAAAAAGAAGCAACUGAACUUCUUCUUUCAUAUGGUGCAAAUAUUAAUGAAAAAGAUAAACAUGGAAGAACAGUCCUUCACAUAGCAGUAUAUCAUUAUAAUGAGGAAGCAAUCAAAUUUCUUAUAUCGUAUGGGGCUAACGUCAAUGAGAAAGAUAAUGAAGGGAAAACAGCUCUUCAUCUGGCAUUUAUUAAUAGUUGUAUUAAAUCAGUUGAGCUUCUUAUUUCAAACGGUGCUAAUAUCAAUGAGAAAGAUAAUGAAGGGAAAACAUCUAUGGAUCGAGCAAUUGAUCCUCAUUUUAAAUACAACGCCGAACGCCUUCUUUCACAUAUGAUGACGAAUUUUUAA